UGACUGUCAUCUAUGAUCUCUCUCAGUUACACACACACACACACUGGCCCAGCUCUUGUGCUUCUGAUGGCAGUGGUGUUUCUCCAGUGGAUCUUCAGGCUCCUGAUGGUCCUGGUCAUCUCUGUGAUGUUCUACUACACAAACGACACACACUCGUCCAGAGAUGCGAUGGCGGAGGCGCUUCAGAAGCUGCGCUGCGCAAAACUCAGACGCAAGUUAACCGUUCUCAAACCGGCCAAAGAGAUAGACAUGAAGAGUUUUACCCAGGAACUCUCCGAUUUCUUAAACUGUCCUUACAAGCCGAACACGACUGAACAGGACAUGAACAGAAUCCGGUUGCAGUUUUGUUGUAACGCCACAGGAUCAUUCAUCCUCACCAAACACAACACAGCCAUCAAUCAAUCCAUCCAAUAUGAAACAAGCAGAACAAAAACAUACAAAAUGAAUGCAGCACUUCACAGUAUGCUGCCUGAGGACUACCCCUGGUCCGGUCGGCGUCUGGGUCGGUGUGCUGUGGUCGGCAGCAGUGGGAUUUUAAAAAACAGCAGCUGUGGACGUGAGAUUGACAGCACAGAUUUCGUCAUACGGUUUAAUUUGGCAGUGAUUAAUGACAGUGAUGUUGGGCUGAAGACGGAUCUGAUAACCAUCAACCCCAGUCAGAUCCGAUACAAAGACAUGGAGAAGAAUCCGGAUCCGUUGGUGGAGCGGGUCAGUGUGUACGGAAACGCCUCCGUCAUUAUUCCAGCCUUCGCCUACACCUUCUGCACAUCAGUGUCAAUCAAAGUGCUCAAAGUCCUCCAGCCAAUCAGACCUCAUCAGCCGGUGGUGUUCUUCAGCCCCUCUUACCUGCGGUCACUGGACCGGUUCUGGAAGGGGCGUGGCCUGCGGGAGACGCGCCUCUCCACUGGGUUUAUGCUAAUCAGCACUGCACUGGAACUGUGUGAGCAUGUUCACGUUUACGGAUUCUGGCCGUUCGGCAGCGACCUGCAGGAUCAGCCGAUUCCAUACCAUUAUUACGACCUGAAUCGUCCGCACCCCUACAUGCACAAGAUGCCGGAGGAGUUUGUGCGACUACUGCAGCUCCACAGCCAGGGGGCGCUGACACUGCACCUGCUGCCCUGCGACUCACCAGAGACGGAUCGAGAAAAUAAUUUAUAUACUGUGUGA